AUGCUCGAAAUUGGGUACUUGGUUAUGGAUUAUAUUGGCAACUCAGAUGUGCAAAUGCUCUCAGAGACUUGGGAUGAACACCGUCAUCAGCGGGAUAAGAGAACGAACCUUUUCAAGGGACUUUCUCGCAUUAUGCUCUCUUUAAGUCGGGUGCCACUACCUCGCAUAGGAUCUUGGACCUUGGACUCGAAUGGAGCUUUGCGACUUUCUAAUCGUCCUCUCACUCUUCGACUCCAUCAAUUAGAAAAUGGGGGGAUUCCGACCAACAUCAGUCGAAGUUUGACCUAUUCGGCAGCGGACGGAUACUAUCUUGAUCUUCUGUCUUGUCAUGAUAGUCGCAUACGGAACCAGCCAAACUCCAUUAGCGAUGCGGAUGAUGGCCGAGCUCAGAUGGCAAGGUUGACGAUGAUGAAAGCACUCCUGCCUUAUUUCUCUAAUAGAGAAUAUCGAGAAGGACCUUUUCUUUACAGGUUCACAGAUCUCCAUCCUAGUAAUAUCUUCGUUAACAGCCAAUGGAACGUCAAGUUCGUGAUUGAUCUCGAAUGGGCCUGUUCACUACCAGCGGAAACUUUCCGUCCUCCAUACUGGUUGACUGGUCGCUCAGUCGAUGACCUAAUAGGAGAGCACCUCGAAGACUUCAGGGAG